AUGUCUACUAGUGUGAAGCUUGGCAAGGAUGCAGAUUCCGAAAAAGUGGAUGAUAGUAUGUAUAGAAGCUUAAUUGAAAGUCUUCUAUAUCUAACCGCAAGUAGACCUUCUAUUUGCUGUACUCUAAUAGUGAUUAGGGUGGCGGAGUUGAUGAUUCCAGAAGCACUGGAUAUCUUUUCUGUUUGGGGACAAGUUGUUUUAGUUGGAGCUCUAGGAAACAAGAAACUACAGCUCAAUCAACAACAUAAGUUAGAGUACAUAGUUGUUGCAUCUGCUGUGAAUCAAACUAUCUGGCUAAGGAAGAUAUUGAAGGACUUAGGCCAUGGACAAACAGAAGCUACCAAGAUCAUGUGUGACAAAAGUUCAACAUUUUAUGUAAUACCAACAAUUAAUGUGUAUGAUGUGCAGGGACUACUUAAGGUUACAGAAGAUGGUGUAACUGUUCUUGCUUCACAUGUCAAUGGUCAAAAAAUAAGAUUAGCAGAUGAUGUGGUGGAAGCAUCAGAUGGGAGUGUAUACUUCAGUGUGGCAAGCACUAAAUUUGGACUCCACGAAUGGUUCCUUGACGUGCUUGAGGCCAAGCCCCAUGGUCAGCUUCUCAAAUAUAGCCCUUCGCUGAACCAGACAUCUGUAAUUCUUGAUAACUUGGGCUUUGCAAAUGGGGUGGCUCUCUCUGCAGAUCAAGAUUACUUAGUAGUUUGUGAAUCGUGGAAAUUUAGGUGCCUCAAAUAUUGGUUGAAAGGAGAAAUGAAAGGACAAACAGACAUGUUCAUUGAUAAUCUCGUUGGUGCACCAGAUAACAUCAAGCUUGCGCCAGAUGGUUCGUUCUGGAUUGCUCUAAUACAGGUAACAGCUCCAGGGCUAAAUUUCAUACACAAGUCGAUCGCUUCAAAACAUUUGGUGGCAAGUUUCCCCAAAUUGAUGAAGUGGGUGAUAGGAGCAUACCACAAAGCUAUGGUAGUGAAUGUUGCAGCUGAUGGAAAGAUAACCAAAGGCUUUGAUGAUCCAACUGGAAAGGUCAUGUCAUUUGUGACAUCUGUGUUGGAGUAUGAUGAUCAUCUGUAUUUAGGAAGUCUCAAUUGUGAUUUCAUAGGAAACUUACCACUCACAACCUCAACUACCUAGCCAUCUAACUUUAUUUCUAUAAUGUAUGCCUAGCAAACAUCAUACUUAAAAUAAUACAACCACAACUGAUUGGAACAUAUUCACGAGGAGUCCAGCAUCACCUAUUGUUGGUAAGAGCCCAAUAAUCAGG